GGACCGCAAUUCUGGUAAAACGUUACGUUUUCGAGGGCGCUGAGCGAUUCGCACGGCGUGCGCCUCGCAUGGCAGCCGCGACGUUCGACCUGUUAGGUAUUUCCGUUGCCGUGCGUGCGCUCUCCGAGCAGACUUCCUCGAAUUCGCUAAGCACAACUUGGCAACCCCAAUUUUCAGUGCCCCCAACAUAAAAAUUACUGAAAUUUGACAAGAAGUCACGUCGUAGUUUUGACAGUUUUGCUGAUAAAAUUUUUAUUUUCGAGCUUAUUUGUGAAAAAAUGGAGAAAAAAACCAUCUCCCCACAGCAAAAAAUAGUUCUUAUAGAGUUUAUGGAGCAAAACCCGGUAAUGGUAACACAAAAACAGAGCAACCAAUUUACUAACGCCGACAUAUCAAAAUUAUGGCAAACAGUAACCCUGACUCUAAAUUCCAUUCCAGGAGCUACGAAAACUUGGAAGGAAUGGAGAAAGACUUGGAGUGAUAUUAAAUCAAGGACAAAAAAAAGGGUACAUGAAAACAGGAAGGAAGCCCUAAAAACUGGUGGUGGACCUAAUAUUUCGGAGGGGGUCAAUACUGAGGAUGAAAAAGUUUUGGAAAUUAUUGGGGGUGACCUUCUAAUUGAAGGAAUUGACGUGCCUGAGGCAGGAAUUCCCAUUGUUUGGAAAAAACAAGACUACUUGCUACAAAAAGCAGUGACUACAUCAGUGCAAAGUGAAGAACAAGAAGAACUGAUCGGAAAACCUCAAGCAGCCCAAAAAAAAGAAAUUGACAUCACAGAUGAAGAACCUGAGAGAACAAAGGCGGUGCCUAAGCAAAGACCGCAAUCUAUCAAGGCAGUCCGCCCACCGGUCACCCCUAUAAGUAGAGGAAGAACCCACAAACAGAAUAGAGCUGCUCUUGAAUUGGUUCAGGUGGAGGAUGAAGGUAAUAAAAUAAGGGAAGAAUAUUACAACAAAAAAUUGAAAUUGAUGGAACAAACCAGCCAGGAAAAUCUAGACAUAAAGCAGGAAGAGUUAAAGUUGAAAAAAGAAGAAAAUUACUUAAAACAAAAGGAAAUAAACAUUCUAGAAGAGAUAUCCCAGAGCAUUAGAUCAUUUUUGAAUAAAAUUUCUGAAUAA